CCCCGACGUUCCUACAAGUUUUUUUAGUUGGAAACAUCGUCAUAAAUGAAACAGAGAAUUUCUGUAUGCUACUUGAAGAUUAACUUGUUGAUUCUAUUCUUGACAGGAAAUUCCUGUGGCAACAUCAUCAUCAGUUUUCUUCUUCCUCUGUUUUGAGAAGGUGUUCUAAAAAAGAGAGGUUUAUUUCUUUCAAGAUUUGAGAAGCACUUCAGCAGGGAAAUUAUGGAAGCAAAUGGUUCUUCUGAAAACAUAAAUGAACACCAUGGUUUAGUGAAACAGGUGAGAGAGAUGCUAGACAAAGUGGAACUUCCUGAGAAUUCUAUAGUCCAUGAGCAAUGCAUUUACAGAGUGCCUCACAAAAUUCGCCAGCCUAAUCAGCAAGCCUAUACUCCAAGAGUUGUUUCCAUUGGUCCCAUUCACACCCCGUUUAGACCUGGUGGUGACAUUAGGCUUGAACCAAUGGAAAACCUCAAACUGCAGUAUCUCAAGAGCUUCUUCACUAGGUCUCAGCUAAGUGUGGAGGAGUGUGUUUGUAAACUUAAAGAGUGGGAAAGGAUUAUCAGACUCUGCUACGCAGAGCCAAUUCAACACAGUAGUGAUGAUUUCCUAAGGAUGGUUCUAAUUGAUGCUUUCUUCAUAAUUGAGCAUUUCCUUAGAUAUUAUAACUAUGAUAGAUGGGUAGAAAUUGACCCUUUGUUGUUACAGCCAUGGUUGGCCAAUGAUGUUGUAUUUGACUUGAUACUACUUGAAAAUCAGCUUCCCUUCUUUGUUGUAGAGGGCCUCUACAACCUAGCAAUUCCUCAUCACGAGACUCUUGACUUGCCUUCUUUUGUCAAUGUUGCUUUCAACUAUUUUAAACCUCAUAACCAACAAAACAUAAGGCCUGAAAAUGUACUUGGUGUGGUGCACUUCACUGAUCUCCUCAGGACUUUUAUGCUACCAUCUUCAUUUGAUCGUAGGAUUCGAGAAAGAAGAGUUGAUAUAGUUGAUCAUCUAUAUAGUGCAACCCGGUUAAGGGAGGCUGGUUUGGUUUUUGAGGUUAGUCCAAGUACGUGCUUACUUGACCUGAAAUUUCAUAAGGGUGUGUUGACAAUGCCAUGCAUUAAGGUGCAUAGCUCAACUGAGAUAUUUAUCAGGAACAUAAUUGCCUUUGAACAAUGCCACCUUCUGUGUUCACCUAACAUCACCGAGUACAUUAUGAUUCUAGAUUUUCUUAUCAACACAGGGAAAGAUGUGAACAUACUCGUUGAAAAGAAAAUCAUUGUUAAUUUGUUGGGUGAUGAUGAUGCAGUGGCUACAAUGAUUAACAAUCUCUGCUGCAAUGUUACCCUGCCAUACAUUAAAUCAGAUUAUCGCUGCUUGUGUGAUCAAUUGAAUGGUUUCUAUGAAAACCCUCGGAACAAGUACAAGGCAAUCUUUAUACAUGACUACUUCAGUACACCUUGGAAGAUAGCAUCUACCAUUGCUGCAAUUGUGCUACUUUUGCUAACCUUCAUUCAGACUGUAUGUUCAAUCGUGGCACUCUUAAAAAAAGGGUGAAUAUUUUUCUGUGUAAUAUCAGUAGUUAAUCGCUAUUUUGUUAGAUCAAUUCUGAGGAUUGAUGUGGGUACAUAAUCACACUAUACUGACUACAGAGUAUUAUGAAUUGGCAACAAUAGUAAAUUUUGUUUA